AUGCCAUCAUGCGGUCAUACUCGAUGGUUAUGUCUAGCCACACAAAACCAAGAAACGUGCCUAGAAGUGUCCGAUCGAAUCCGAACACUCUUAGACGGCCUCCCAAACCCAGAUAGACAGUGCCCUAGUGUUCUAACACUUAUCGGAAAUCAGACGAAAGCACGCUUCCUCCAAAAGCUAUCUGUUAGUGUCAAUGGGAUUAGGGCACACAGAUUCCGGGGAGAGCUGCACGUAGCUUUAGCCCCUAAUAGUGUCUCAGGCAAUCAUCCCGUGCUCGUUAUAGAUGCAGACUUGCCUUCUAAGGCAGCGCUGCCAAGGAGCCAGCAGCAGCAGCGGUGUCAUGAGAUCAUUCAUCGGCAGUUUCUGCAGAGUUCUAAGAAUGAGGAGCUGCAGUCGGAAGAGCACAUCUUUACGCGGCUAGUUAUACCUCAUACGGACGUACUAUGUCUGUUUGCGGGGGACAUCGGAGGAGUUCAUCGCGCUGUGCAGGUCGUAACAUCUUGGGCCAGCAUGAAACCAUCGCAUCAGGGUGGAUUUCGCCCAUGGCUAGUCGUAGCGGUAAGCAGCGAAGCAGAAGAGGAGACCUUUUGUGGCCUUGCCGCGACGCUGCUAGCUGCUAUGAGCAAUGGUAUAACUACAUCUUUUGCGAGCCUCCGUGUUUUAAACCUCGGCCGGACGACGUCGCGUCAGAAUCGGCUAUCUGUCCUCACUCGUGAGCUUACAAACCUGUGCAAUGUUUCAAGGGAAGGUCGUGCCCAGCAAUCCCUCUUAUUUACUGCACGACACCUUGCAGGUUUACUCCAUUACGGAGCCACUAAAGCUAUGGUCGAUCCAGGUCAGUCUAGCAACUUUAUUCUCACGGCCCGGACAGACAAUCCACCGGCGCCAGACUUGGUAAUACAUAUUCGGAGGUUUCUGGACCAGUGCGCAGCAAUCCCUUUGGAAGACCGAAUAGAUUUUGUCCCUAGUGCGAUUGCAUCUAGCCUUAUCUUAGACAGCUACCCUCCGGGGAUGCAUAACUUUCAGCCUCGCGAAGUGUUCCAUGAGCUAUAUGAGGAGACUUGCAAGACUGCACUAGAUACCUCACAAUUGUUCUCGAGUCAUGAGAACGGUACGGCCCAAGCAACAAAGGUCUUGAAGUCACUGGAAAACAAGUUUCUUUCGUUGUUCGAUGCUUAUGUUUCCUGUCAAUCAUCAAAAACAUUGCAUCAGCAGCAAAUAGCGAGUUGCGCUCGGUCCUGGAAAGCUAUUAGAUCAAAUGAGACUUGUCUCUGCUGCAUACGCCGGCAGCCUCGCUUUAGACUGGAGUGUGGGCAUUCAUUCUGUGAAUGCUGUAUAAGGACAUUCGCGGUACAAGACGAGCUCAAGCCUUGGCUCUUUCGGCUUGGUCAUUGUCUGCUUUGCGGGCUAUUGUCGGCACCGGCUAGUAUUCAGAUCAGGCCAGAAACGGCAGGACUUCGUGUGCUCAGCAUUGAUGGAGGGGGGACAAGGGGUCGAGUUCCGUUGGAGUUCCUUCGUGUCCUCCAGGAACGAGUCGGUUUACCGUUGCCUAUCCACGAAAAUUUUGACUUGGUAUUUGGAACUAGUUCAGUAGGUGCGAUUAUUGCCUGCGCGCUCUGUAUCAACGGCUGGCCUGUGGAUAAAUGCAUCGCAGCCUUUGAGAGAUUAGCUCGCCUUGCGUUCAAACCUCGGUGUUCUUGUCGUAUACCCAUUAUUACAAAAUUCUACGAGCUGUGUUGGUCUAUGCUUGCGGACAGCCGCUACUCCACGAUAGCCCUAGAAGAAGCUCUCAAGUCAACCUUUGGGUCGAUAAGAAGCAUGUUGGACCACUCCAUGGCAGACGAGAAGGGCAUUCUUGUUGGAGUUCCCGUAACGACUAUCCGAGAUGUUCGUACCUUUGUGUUUUCGAACUAUAACGGAAUCGGGAGGCGUGGGCAGAGCGAUCCCAGUUACUUUAAGCCGAGAACGGUCGAAGGCUUGGGCGUGUUCCAGGAUGGCGGUCUUAUGUAUAACAACCCAGCUUCCUUGGCAAUUCGAGAGGCUGCUGUCCUGCAUCCUACCACUCCUGGGCCCAGCCUUGUGGUCUCACUCGGUACUGGCUCGUUACAGUCACAGCCCGACACUGUUAUAACCAGUCCCCACUUCUGGCGAGAUUCAUUCUUCUUCCGAGUCUUCCGAGCGUUUAUGCAGUAUGGCAGUGCCGAUCGAGCCUGGCAGCAACUCCUCAGCCAUUGGGAGAUUAGCAAGAGUAGUGAAGUCUUCCGCUUUGAUGUCGAGUUCAAGGACGUAGAACCGCCGCUUGAUGAUGUUGAAAGUAUGCCAGAUAUGGCUAGAAACGCAUUUGAGACAAUUUCGAUGUCACCAGUACUGGACAAACUAGUUCUACGCAUCCGGGCAGAGCUUUUCUUCUUUGAGUUGGACCGGAUUGAACCGUUUCGAAUAAUUAAUAGUACAUAUCAGUGCUCUGGAGCGAUAUUUUGCAGACUAGCUCCCGAUUCGGACGAGGCUCAAGAGCUCGUAGCACAAUUUAAGCAGAACCAUGCUACCUUUGUUAUAAGAGGGCAUCACAAGUCACCUGACUUCACUAAGCUACCCAAUAACUCUCUGACCGGGCCCCUCCUAAUGAAAGUUGCUUUUCAGGCGUCUAGUCGUACCGAGCCUAUUAUGAUUGCAUUGCAGGAGGGAAUAAUGCGGUCCCCUAUUAGUGGAUCGCCCGUUAGUCUACAACAGCUAUUGGACAUGCAGCACUUGGAGUAUCGCUUUGGUACCCCCGAUCACCGUAAACGUACUUGGCCUAUCGUGGAACCACACCAUCUAAGCGGAGGCGGAGGCGUUAAGUAUUCAAAUGUGCCCGGGAGAGUAGUUAGGUCUAGCGUAAGGGACUAG